UCCAGCCGUGUGGUCAAUGGUGUUCCUGUAAAGCCCCCCAACAAGUAUCCCUGGCAGGCUCUCUUGGAAUAUCAGGUGAGUGGAGGCUGGUCCUUAACCUGUGGAGGGACCCUCAUCGAUCGGUGCUGGGUUAUGACUGCCGGCCACUGCAUCUCGAGCGGCCAGAAGUACCGGGUCAUGUUGGGAGAGUACAACCGCUCAGUGAUAGAGGGACCCGAGCAGACCAUUACUGUGGAAAAGGCCAUCGUGCACCCGCAAUAUGACAGCAAUGAUGUAGCCAAAGGCUAUGACAUCGCCCUCCUCAAACUGUCCAAAUGCGCUGAGCUGACGGACGAGGUCCAGCCCGCCUGCCUCCCUCCUGCUGGCUACAUCCUGCCCCACGGGACGGAAUGCUACGUCAGUGGCUGGGGCCGGCUCUCCACCAAUGGACAACUGCCAAACAUACUGCAGGAAGGGCUGCUGCCCGUGGUGGACUAUAAACACUGCUCCCAGCGGGACUGGUGGGACUUCUAUGUGAAAGAGACCAUGGUGUGUGCUGGCGGGGACAAAGUCGCUGGUUGUUAUGGUGACUCUGGAGGACCCCUCAACUGUCCUGGAGAGGAUGGUGAGUGGGAGGUCCAUGGCACUGUCAGCUUUGUUUCUGGUAAUGGCUGCGACACCAUAAAGAAGCCCACAGUGUUCACCCGCGUGUCAGCCUACAUUAACUGGAUUAAGGAGAAAAUUGAAAACAACCUCCCAUGA